CCCAUACAACAUAGGGCUCCACUGCUAGAUUGAUUUUCCGCAGGUUCAUGGCGACAACACGACGACUAGAGGAACCUUCAGAGGUCUCCGAAAAUCCUAUCCCAUCCUCAUCCCCCGCUUUUGGCACACCUGUGCACCCCAUUCCACCCCGCCGAACCGCACCCAUUCGUGCACCUCCAGCACUCAGACCAGCAACAAAAUCCACCGUUUUACCCAUCCUGUUACCACCAGCUACUUUACGCCCUCUUGCCUUCCGAACGUUCACAAAGAAGCACAAUUUGACUCUUACUUCAUCUGCUCUUCAGGCCCUAGCAACGUUCAUUGGGAGACAUUGCGGUUCGGGAUGGCGAGAAGAAGGCCUAGCGGAGAAGGUGCUAGAGGAGGUAGCAAAAGCAUGGAAAAAGAGCAGCGGUCAGGUCAUUGUAGAAGGUGAUGGUGACUUGCUUAAGAACAUCCUAAAGACACUGGAGGGAUCCAUGAGUGGGGGAAGGAUUGUGCAGGGAAGCAAUUUGAGUCGCCAGAACAGCUUCAAUUUCUCAGUGGACGCCAAGGCACCCGAUUUGGGGCCAGGACUAUCCCGGCCACCGCUGGAUCAUAACAACAGCUUCGGCAUUUCACGAUUGGAGGUAGAAGACAAGGAGGAUGAGGACGACCUGUUGAAAGACCCAAGAGAGUGGCUACAGGUGAUAGGGGCAUUUGACCAACCGAAACUAGUCUACAACACUUCUCAGCGGCAUUUUGAUAAAGCAACAACGAAACCAACACUCUUCCCACCACCAUCACACAAGACAGAGGCCUUCCGGCAGAGAUAUCACAUAGUACAUCAGCGGAUUCUCCGUAACGGAACCUUUCAGACCCCAACUUUCUCCGCUGCACGAUCAGCCUCACUGAACCGGGCUGGCUCGGCAACAGCGCAGACCAACACUAUUACCCCAAUUGCCAACCUUCUUGGCAGAAGUGGCAGCACUCAUCUUUUACUCGGAAUGCUCACAGUAUCCCCUACGGGAGCAUUGUCGCUCUCAGACCUCACCGGCACGAUAGCUCUGGAUCUGCAACAUGCCCGACCGAUCCCAGAAAACGGUGCGUAUUUUGCACCAGGAAUGAUCGUCCUCGUAGAUGGGACAUAUGACGAGGAUUACGGGAACCAUGCCUCUGGCUCUAUGUCCACGCUCGGUGGCACAGGCGGUAUAGGGGGCACAAUAGGGGGGAGGUUUAUCGGGUUUUCCGUUGGCCAUCCUCCAUGCGAACGGCGGUCGACCACAUUAGGAGAUGCGGCUGAUGACAAGGAUAAACUGUCCGGUCCAGCUUUUGGGUGGAUAGACUUUCUAGGCGUCGGUUCGCAGCGCGCAACUGGGACGAAAAUGUCGCGAAUCGCAUCCAAACUCCUAGAACCUACAGUUGCCCAUAACAUCGUCAUCGCUUCGGACCUGCACCUGGAUGUGCCCUCGACCCUAUCCGCUCUACGCACUCUGCUUCGCACAUAUACGCCUGAUCCAACCGAUCUCCAACCCCAGUACCCCCAUGCCAUCAUCUUAAUGGGAAACUUCAGCUCCAAUGCCAGUGUCUCUGGUGUCCCCGGCGCCGGCAGUAUAGAAUACAAGGAAAACUUCAAUGCUCUCGCAUCGGUACUCGCCGACUUUCAACAGCUGGUUGCACACACCACGUUCAUCUUCGUGCCGGGUGACAACGAUGCAUGGCCCUCCGCUUUCUCCGCCGGUGCAGCAACACCACUACCCAGAAAGCCUGUGCCGUCGCUCUUCACGAACCGAAUACGAAGAGUGGUCGCAGAGGCUAACAGAGAGGUCUGGGGCCCAGGGAAAGCAAAGGGCAAGGAAGGGGAGGUGAUCUGGACGACGAAUCCAACACGCCUGAGCUGGUUUGGUGUGAAAGGCGAUAUGGCCAUAUUGCGCGACGACAUUGCCGGGCGGCUCCACCGCACAAGUAUACGGUUCGGAAAGCCCGACCAAGAUCAGGAAGAGGAGAUGCCCGAUGCCAGCUCCGUUCCUCAAAAUUCGGAAAGUCAGGAGGCCAUGGACGUGGAUCUCAACCAGCCACCACCGGUAAAUAAGCCGCCGCAGGAGGAAUUGGAUCCGGAGACACAGGCAGCGCGGGCGUUGACACGGACGAUAUUGUCGCAAGCGCAUCUAGCUCCUUUCCCGUUUAGCGUGAGGCCUGUACAUUGGGAUUACGCGCAUACCAUGAGCCUGUAUCCGCUCCCAACGGCCCUGGUUAUUGCCGAUGCUGAUGCACCAGCGUUUGUGGUGAAGUACUUUGGCUGUACGGUCAUGAAUCCGGGGCCUAUUGAUGGGAGUGGUGGUCGCGGGACCAGGGAAGGGCGGGCAAGAUGGGUUGAGUAUGACAUCAAUAAGGGUACUGGAGUUGUGCGUUCAGAAGGGUAAAUUUUGG